AUGAUUUUUCAGUUCCAGGAUUCGAUGUUAACUGUGUCUCCCCUCACCGUGAACACCACCACCUCAAAGGAUAAUUAUAUGGCGGCUGAUUUCUCAGAUUUUUCGACGGAAGACUUGCCGGACUUCACGACGGUCGAAGGUAGUCUCGAUCUUCUCGAAGGAAUCGAUUACUACGACGACCUUUUCAUUGGAUUCGAUGACGAUGGAGAUGAUCUUUUGCCGGACUUGGAGUUUGAUUCGGAGAUUCUCGGCGAACAUUCCGGCAGCGGAGGAGACGAGGAGCAAGAAAUGGAGGGAAACACUUCGACGGCGUCGGAGACAUCGGAGAGAGAAGCUGGUGGGUUUAAGCCGGAAGGUGGUGGUACUACGGACAAAACGGUGCGUAGAGGCAAACGUAAGGGGAAGAAAAGUAAAGCUUGUUUAUCCGAUGAUAACGAAAUUAAGAAAAAACCCAAGGUGGAUUGGACGCCGGAGUUACACCGGAAAUUUGUGCAAGCGGUGGAGCAAUUAGGGGUAGACAAGGCGGUUCCAUCUCGGAUUUUGGAAAUUAUGAACGUUAAAUCUCUCACUCGUCACAACGUUGCUAGCCAUCUUCAGGUAUUUAACAGCUACCCACCACACGUGGCACCAUUGCAUCAUGGCCACUUCAGGCCUUUGCACGUGUGGGGUCAUCCUACGUGGCCUAAACACAAGCCUAACAAUCCACCGUCUACUCAUCGGACGUUUCCGAUUCCGGCAGUUGCGGCGGCUCCGUCGUCUUGGCCAGGUCAUCCGCCAUAUUGGCCCCAACCUCCACUCUACCCACAGGGAUAUGGUAUGGCUUCAUCGAAUCAUUCGAUGUAUAAUAAUAAAUCAGAAACAAGCAUCGGUGUUCCCACAAGACAAUUAGGCCCCACUAAUCCUCUCAUGGACAUUCAUCCCUCUAAUGAGAGCAUCGAUGCCGCUAUUGGAGACGUUAUAACAAAGCCGUGGCUGCCUCUUCCUUUAGGACUGAAACCACCGUCAGUUGACGGCGUCGUGACGGAGUUACAACGUCAAGGCAUUUCUAAUGUUCCUCCUCUAACUUGA